GGAAGGCCAGGCAUGGGGUCUUUCCGCUUUCGGCCCUGAAAGCGUCCCGCUGCUAAGCCCGUAUCUCCAGCGUAGCCGUCCCCGCCGCCGCGAGGAGCCGUGCCCCGGCCUCGAGGACUUAAUUCAGGGUAGAAGCCUUCAGAGGAUCUUUUAUGUGGGUAAUAAUUUUUCAUCAGUGACAUGUUUGGAAAAUAUUCUAUCAACUAUAAACUUUUGCAAAGAGAAGCCAGUGGAAAUAAAACAUCAGGACAAGCCUGGGAGAGGGGGGCAGGAGAAACUGAGGAGAAGAGAAGCCAAGCAACAACAAUCACUGCUGCUGGCCUAGCAACUUUGAAUUCAUUAAAGUAGCGGGUCUUUCAUUUUCCCUUUUCCCGUGGGAAUAGUAGAUGUUAGUCAGUUUGUGAUCAAACUCAGUGAAUGGUAUAUGUACAUCAAUGAGAAACAUUUGCGUAGGUGAAGUGAAUCAGGAAGAGGGAAGAGAUUGUUCAAUGUUGCAGCCUCUUGCCUUAAAUUUCUUUCCUUUCUUUCAAAACUUUAAACAUUUUGAGAUCUUAAUUCUGGUAUGUCCCAGACAGGUAAAGAUCUAUUAAUGCCGUAAUGCCAAAAAUGUAGAAAACUUUGCACUGCCACUUGCAUGCAUGUUUUUGACUGUAAAUCAGAACAUCAUUCACAUUAUUCACAUCAGUUUUCUAUGUAGUAGAAAAUUAUCUUAUAUGCUACUGAAAUUAUUAGAAAACGUAAAAAAAAAAAAAAAAAGUGGUGUCAUGUUUCUGUAUCUGAAAGUUUUCCUGUAUCUGAGAGCGUCCACCUUCAUAACACCUUUUCCAUUUAUCACACUGCCUUUGUGCUCCUUCACUGGCAUCAUACAGUUCUGAUCCUUAGUCUUGUCAAUUCUUCAACCUUCUAUGCAUUGUCCAGUUGGGGUAAGAAUUUUGUAGAACUAGUUAGUAUUUAGGUAGGUCCAGUGGCAAGGCUGCUGGAAGCAAGUGGUUGAACUUUCAGAAAAUGACAAAUGUGUAUUCUGCUGGGAAAUGCAUUCGUGUGAGUGAUCUGCCACUACAACUCCAGUGAGAUUUAUAAAAGUUACUAGUAAAAAUGGGAUCUUCUGGGAUUUUUAAGUUUAAUCAUUGAGAACAGUCAUCCAAGAGCCAUGGUAUUACCUUGCCUGAUUUCAAUGGCAUAAUUUAACCUAGUGGAUGUACUUUGAAGGAAACGCACUGAAUAUUGUCAUUGUCUCCGCAAGUUCUUGCACAGGAUUGCAUAGAGGUAGAAUGAGGGAUUUCAGAAUGUAUCUAGGAUAUGGAUAGAGAAAUAUAUUGCAUGUGCUACACCAUAGAAUGAGCAGUUAGCUCAAGGCAUCUUGUAAUAUGCAGCUGGAGAAGAAAAGCAUGAUUGCCUUGAAUAGAACAUUCUACUUGCAAAAUGAUUGUUGCUGCAGAUCACAUUUUGACAUUAAGAGUCUGCAACUUUGUGUACAGGUGUCCUUUAGUUCCAUCAGUCUCGCUUAAGCUUGAACCCCAGUAGAAAUAAGGGUGUGCAGUUUGGGGAUGUCUUAAAAGUGGAGAGUCUAAUGACUGGUGUUGGGUCCAAGUAUUGGGUGCAAAUAGGGGAGAGAUGCUACUGGAACAGCAUACAUAAAAACUGUCAUAUGUGCAUUUUACUUACUGUGGCCGUUAAGAUUCUGUCCUAGACUGUGUAGGCUCUCACAUAUGUGUUGCUUCACAGAAUUGCAGGGGUUGGAAGGGACCUCAAGAGAUCAUUGAGUCCAAAUCCCCUGCUAAAGCAGGUACCCAGCAAUAGGGUGUGUGUGUGUGUGUGUAUGUUCAUAUAUACAUAUCCACUGUAUGUUUCAAUGAAUUAAGCAUCAAACUAGAGUAGAAUUUUAGUGUGAUUAAAUUUAAGGAUGGAGACCUUAUAUUUUAUCUUACUUCUUCACCAAAACUUGGUAUGAAGUGCCAGGAUCCUUUACUAGUGCCUGAAUAUGGCUGCAUGCAUCUGACAAGUAGAAGUGAAUCAGUCACACUGGAGGGGGGGGGGGAGGGGGGAAGGAAACAGUAGUAUAUAAGCCAUCACAUUGUUGUUCUAGAGUCCACAGAGUCCUUCCAUUUGACUUUUUCAACUACCUUUUCCUAUCAGAACUUGUAGUUAAUAUAGCUGAUCCAUAAAAACCUCCAUGCAGUCGCUAGAGAAAGGUAAUGUCUGGUGCUUUGGUUCCCCAGGACAACUUGUCAGAAAUGCAGCAAAGUGCACACAACAGCUGCUGUUUCUGAUAAGUAAUCAGAAUGGGCAGUCAGGGUUGGUGAGCCACAGUCCCCUGUGCCAGUAAUGACAAGGUCUUUUUUGCCUCUGUGAUGUAUUGCUGGUUUCACUAAAUUAGCUCAUUGCUGAAAAUUCUUUUGUCAUAUGUACAUAAUACCAGAAAGAGAUGGUCCCUGCAGAUGUUCAAGAAAUGUGUAGGCAUGGUACUUGAGAACAUGAUUUAGUUGGCAAUGUUGGUGGUAGGUGGGCUGUUGGGCUAGUUGAUCUUAGAGGUGUUUUCUAACCUUAAUGAUUCAUUCAGUUGUGUUGGUUGCUAGAAUUAUGGUGAGCUGUAGAAAGGUCUGUAUCUGCUGUGGAAGGGUGUUGCACUGGCAAAAUCCAAGUAAAUAAGUUUUCCUGCCAGAUCUUCUACGAGGAAUUUAAUUGGAAAUAGUUUCAGUUUUGACAUUAAACUGGAUCAGAAAACAAACUGCACCAUCAUACUUCACUAUUGUCUUCUAUAUAUAAUACACAUCUCUUCAUCUGUGCUUUUUGAUUUUUCAAAAUAAAGUGUUAUUUUCUGAGAAAUAUAUGGAAUAAAUAUAUUUUUGCUGCAAAGAACGUUCUUCUUUAUGUGACUUUGUUUGGGGAUGGGAAGUUAGGUUCAGUACAGUCUGAUCUUUACUUUCAUUACUCUGAAAACAAUGAGCUGGUGGAUAACCUGUCUUGUAGUUGUGUGAAUUCAGGUAGCUAAUCCCUGGUCCUAGCCCAUUCUGUUUGAAGUUAGUUACUUCUGUGUUUGAAAUUUGAUUGCAAGCUGUUUGACAAGAUGAGAAAGUGAUUGUGUUGAUUUUGUUUGUGCAGUGCCAUGUGCAUUGUGGUUAUGGAAUAAAUAGUAAUUUAAAAGGGAUUUAAAAGGAAGGGAUUAUUUAUUAUCCCUUCUUUGGUUUCAUUAGAUCCAGACACAUCUCCAUACAGGUUAAAGAAAAUGUAAUAUUUGGAUAUCAUGAAGAUAUCUGAUUACUCCCAUGAGGACUCAAAUGAAUUCCUUUCAAUUUGGUGUUUGUGCAUGAUUUAUUAUAAUACAGCUUUUAUUCUGCCAUUGUAUAUUUUUGGACCAUCAUGCAGUCGAGAGAAAACAAUAGGAUGUGACUUGUCAUGAAGCACUUCCAGCACUGUGAGUUAGGUGAAAAAGCUUGUGGAAAUGUAGGAUUAGGAUGAAUGUGUGGUUCUUUUCAAAGGUACACUAUUUUGGUGGGCUUUUUAAGAGAAGGAGUUUAGAUGACUAAGCUCUAUUUUUGAUCCUUAUUAAGUUAGUCUGAAUUAUUUAAUGGUUUCAAGUGAGUAUCUGGGUGUUGUUGGUAGCAGCAUUUAAUUGCUCCCUGCUACAAGGAUGUAAAGAGGGGGAAGAACUUUCAAGGGUGGUGCUGAAGAAUUGCAUGUCAUGAAAUGGCAGAAUUAUUGUGUGGAAAUUGUAGGCUAGAAAAAAUCCUUAAAGCUUUUGCAGUACUUGUUACAGGGUAUUAAAUUGUAUGUUCUGCGGUUGUUUUUUGUCCACAACAAUGUUUUUUAGAAACUCUUAUUUCCAGAGUUACAUUAUACCUAACCAUUGCUUUCGAAACUGUAUCUGUUUCUUUAUGUAGACUCAGCAAGAGGCUCUGAGAGGUUAGGGGCAAGGAGGUGGAUCAAGGCUUCUGCAGGUGGAGUAAGGCUUUCUCCUGUUCCGUAAGGAAGUGUUGGGUUUGGAGUUUCCUUCUGGCCUAUUUGUGGAAAUUACUUUCAUGGCCUUUUCCUUUACAUCAACCCGUGCCUGCAGAGACUCCUUUAUAUUUUUAAGAUGAGGAGUUUUCAGGAAUUAAAAUAUACAUGUUUGUACAUAAUUUGGAAAAGAAAAGCAGCAAUCUUUCUCCUUAUUUGUCCCAUGAAAUCGCAGCUUUUGUUAUGAUGGUAGAGCUUGAUCUUGAAAAAUACCAGGUGUACCAUAUAGUAGCAAGUUAUUCUUGCUGUGAGGCAGUCUGGUAGAAUGACUGUCUUCCAGCAGUGAGGUACUCCCUGUCUGUUGGUUUUUGUUUGUUUGUUUGUUUUCACAGUGGAAAUGGAAGAAACUGGUGGUCAGAUCAGCCCUGUAACAUGCUUUUACUAAAUGAAAGAAAUCUGUUCUGUUUCAACAUUAAUUCUUAGUGAGACACUACUCCUGGGUAUCCAGUCCAGAAUUGUUUGCAGGCUCCCAUGCAGUAUCCAACUAUUAGAAAUAUUUUAUGUGACCAUUUUAAUUUAUUAGAUGCAUAUGCCUAAUUCUGAGGUAAUGAGUUUCAACAUCAGACGUAAUAACCCAAUUUUAUAUCUAAUUGUCCAGAUAUAAACUUUUAUAAGCCUCCCUGAAAGUCUGUAGUACUCUUUAAAGCCUUCUAUGGUGUUUAAUUGCCUGUGUACUCCACUUCAUUAGUUGUCUAAGUAAAUAACUUUGAUUUGUAUUAAAUUUAAGAUUUUUUUUUUCUAUUUGACUGUUUUUCUGUGUGGUAACAGAUGGGUUGCACUUAGUUCAAUGAACCAGAUGCAAAAAGAGCAGAAUUUGCAGUAAAAUAAUGUUGAUGUUGUGUUUUCACCCACACACAAUAAAUUAAGUCAACUCUCUGAUAUGUAAGGUGAACGUUUACACAAUUUAAUCGUUACUAAUUAGAACAUAUCCCCUGUGCUCUGGGAAACAGGUAGCUUUCUCCAUCUUGAUGUGCUCACAGGUCUACUUUGUGCAUUUCUUUCUGAAGCAGUGUCAGCAUAAGCAGCUCCUGUGUUCUGCUCCGGGCUGCUAUCUUUUGUUCCUGCUUCAAUAACCACCCCUCUGUGUCUGCACAGUUGUUUGUGCUACUGUGCAAUAAACUGGGUUAGGAAAGGUGGUUUUUUUUUUUUUUUUAAUUUUAUUUGAACUGAUUCUUGAGAUACUUCUGAUCAAGAAUCAGUUCCCUCUUCCAUUUUAUCACAUGACUACAUACAUGGCUGUGCUCUACCAUCCAACUAUGGAUGCAGAGAAGAGACUAAGCAGUAGAAACUGCUUAGAUUGUGCUGCUACUACAAGAAAGUAUUGAAUAUGCUCUACACAGCUGUAUGCCAUAGAAUAAUUUAUCUUCUCUGGCUUCCUUUUUUCUUUUUCUUUCUUUCUUUUUUUUUAAUCUGGAGGAAGCAUUAGCUGCAAACCUUUGGUCACAGGAAUGUUUUAUCCCUCAAAUUUCAGAAUUAAGUUUGGGUGUUUAGAAUCAUAUUCCUGUGGAAUCCAGUUCCAUAGUUUCAUUCCUUUGGACAGGAGCUAGAAGUAAUGCAUUUUAAUCAAGAAGAUGGCACUCACCAAAUGCAUUUUUGCUGGUACUAUCUUCUUUAUUUUUGGUGGCUGGAAGGAAACUUGAAAUUCUGAGAAAAGAAGAUUGCAUUUUGUACUUUGACUUCUGCUACGUACAGUGAGACAGGACUCUGAAAAUAUACAGCAGUAUACCAUGAAACACUGAAUUUCUCUACUUUGCUGAAUGCAAACCCUUGGAAAGAUCGUCUGAAUUGAAAGGGAAAACUUUGCGAGGGCUUCUUCUUUCUAUGGAGACAAGCUUGCAAGCCUUUUACACAAAUUCUUCAUUUGAUGGUAAACAAACCUCUUGAAAAGUUCACCAGAAGUCUGAAGAAGACCACAAGCUGCAGUGUAUAGCAGCUUUUUCACAGUGCUACUUCCAUGAAGUGGUGUUCUUGUAGGCAACUGACAUGACUGCUGGCUUGAAAAUGAACAUUUGCAUUUCUCUUUGAAAUCCUGCUUGCCAAGAUUCUAAGUACAACAAAUCUCUCUCCACAUAACUCAACUUGUCCAAGUUUGUGAAUUGGAAAGCCUAUAGAAGUCAUCUGCCUGGCUGUAGAAUUGGGUCAGCCAAGGAACUUGCAUAAGGCUGCAUAUUUUACCACAGGCUCCUAUUCUGGGGGUCCAGGAGAUGCCCCAUCUGAAAUAUUGAAGUUCUUGACAUUAGCAUUUUUUGUGACUGAUGGAAUCACAAAACUGAUGGAGUUCAUUUGGCUUCAUUCAGUGUUGUGUAGAUUACUGGGCAGAAAAGAAAGAUAUGUUCUUGAGCACAUACUCUGAGGUAGGAACCAUAACAAGAAACAUAUCUUCUAGCCUCUGGAGGCCAAUUUUGUCAUUGUACCAGUCUUCAAGAAAUGGAAAAGUGGGACUUAACGGCAGAGCAAAGCUCUGUAGCUGUUGAAAUCCUACCCAAGGCUGCAAAAUGAGAAGCAGACUGUACCAUAUGCUCAAACUGGUAUUUCAGAAUACAUCCCCACACCCAGGUGUAUAGUGAGCAGCAACUGACUGUCCUAGUCAGAAAAAAAAAAAAAAAAUGGAAAUCCCAAGAAGUUUUGUCCCAUUCUGCAUAGAUUGUUUUACUGGGUUUUGUUACUGAUUUGAACAUUUAGAGAGGCUAGCUCUUCUUUUGUACAUAUCAUUGAAGACUGUAUCAGGAAAGUAGAUCUGAACUCUCUGCCACUUCUGGGAUCUUUGUCAUUAUUUAAGCUAGUAUGGCUAGCGUUAUAUGGUGUUCUAGACUAUGAAAAUUUAAACAAUGCCAUGCAGCAGAAUUCUACUUAAAAAGAUGAUAGAAAGAGCCUGUUUUAGUAGUGGUAGAAUCAUAGAAUGGUUUGGGUUGAAAGGGACUCUGUAACAAAUUAGCAAGCAAGCCAGGAUCCGAAGAACAAUCCAAAGAAUAACCAGAUGGCUGUUGUUGUACAACUAUGGGAGUGUGACCUCUUUCUCUGCCUUGAGGCUGGUACAGUGUAACAGUGAGCUUUUGGGUGGUAGGAAGAAGGUGGUGCCUGAAUGCCUGCCUCAGCCUAUUUGCUGUGCUUGAACAAGCAAAUGUUCCAAUGUUUUAAAACAUGUCAGAGGUGGACAGCAGCAGUAUGAAAUUUAUCUCAAGAAGGAAAUGGGAGGUAUCUACUUCCAGACUGGUUGGAGGGUGCUAGAUAGUGUUGUGGAGCAUGUGUUCCAAUUUCCUUCCCUCCAGAAGGAGGGUUCAGUAUUGUGUCAUGGAAUGGAACAAAGUGCAGUGACUGACCAUGAGUACUGAAAGCAUAUCUUUGAAAAUAUGCAUCUGAUCUGGACGAAAGUGCUAGUGUAAAAAUACCAGAGAUGUCUUGGCUCUGCCUAUACCUGCUGCAGUCAGAUCACUUCACUGACUGUGAUAUAGAUGUCGUUUCACUUGAACAUGCCUCUGUUGUUCUUUCUGAUUCCAUUUCAAACCUAAUAUUGGUUCUUAGUUCUGCAUCUAGUCCUGAUCCAAGCAUGUCUCACUGCUGCUUUCUACGUUCUGGGGCUUAUGGACUUACUCUUUGUUGAAGGGAGUGGUAGGAAGUAAAAGUAAGAUUCUAGCACUCUUUGAUUACCCAUCUCUGUUUAUCUAGGCAGUAGCCCAUCAAAAAAUGAGCAAAGUACGGCACUGUAAAGUCUAAGACAAUAAAAGCUCUUCUAGUGGAUUGCUCUUGAUGUGUAUGAUGCUCUCACAAAAUGUAGUACUCAAAGAGGAGAACUUCCUAUUCCAGACUGACUGCAGACCUUCAACUGAUGGAGCAUUGUCAAAAACAAAGCAUAAAGUUAAUUUUUCUAAGGAUUGCAUUUGCUGUGCAAUGCAAAAUGAUGGAUCUGCAUAACUAAAAAGCUCCAAAGAAGGAAACUGUUAAUAAUUUAGAUAGGGAACAAUUCUAUUGAGUUCUUCUUUGGCAGGAAGUUGCCUGAAAGAGUGUUUCUGCAGCAAGCAGGCAGCCAAACUUGAAUUUCAAGGCAAAGAAACCCAGUUCCUGGCCUGAAUCAACUGAGUGAUGUUUGAAAGGCAAACUUUACAAACUGUUUUCAUUCUUGUUUGAAUGUGCUCAUAACAAUGGCUAUACUGGAGCUGACAGUCGGGGAAAAUGGAUGACACAUCACUAGGAAGACAUGAAGCCACCAUCCCACAUACUUCACUUGUAUUUGGUUAUUUUUCCUUUGCCUUUCUCUACUGUUGGUUUUUCUCAGAUUAAGCUUUUGGGCUGGCCUUGAUUGUGAGCUGAGUGUUACUGCAGGAUGAAUAAUUGCAGUCGUAUUUUUAAUCUUAGCACAGCUGAAAAGCUUCUUGUUUUACUAAAACGUGUGUUUAUGGAAAUAAUUUUUGCCAUGUGGGUGCAAUCUGUAGUAAAUUCAAGAACUUUUAUAACAAAGCUCAUAAUUUUGAAGGGAUUUCAGGCUUUUGAUUACAUAUAACUGAAUUUUUGGAUCAGGAAUAACAAAUCAAAUACUUUCUUUAUUUUUUUUUUAAAAAGCUGACUCUUCCACUCUUCCUUCCUCUCCUGCUCUGGAGCUAAAACAGCUUGGCAGUGGUGUUUGAACAUGGUUCCAGUGAAACCAGUUUUGAAAUAUAGUUUCAGGCCAGAAUGGAGUCAGGCCAAAGUACACUAAAACUAAGUUUGAAAACUUAAUUUGAAGCUAAAAUUGUAGCUGUAGUGAGAGAGACCAACGUUGAACUCAGAUGAAACGUUUGUUUCUUCCCUCUCCUCCUUUUUCUCCUCUUUCCAGUUAGGCAAGCUGUGUGAUGCUGCUGGAAGCUGCUCUGACUUUUCAUGAAUCUCGUGACUCUUCUGCCCCAGUCUUGGUGUGGUGUUCAGAUACCUCAUUCUUUGAGGAGUAGCUGCCUUUAAAUUGUGUUAUUAUUAGCUGAAAAAUUCACUUGCCUUAAUAAUUAACUUGUGUGGAGCCUAUAGCACUGCAGAUUUUUAUUUUUAUUUAUUUAUUUAUUUAUUUUGCUGUGCUAUUUCUGGUAAAGCAGUUAAAUCAAAGGCUGUUUCCAUCUCCCUUGAAAACUAGUGUUGUACAAACAUAGUUGUUUUCAACUUCUUUAGUUUAUCUGCUGUUGACUUUAGAAGUGCAAUUUGCAGUUUGCAAGGAUGACUGAAGGAUAUUAUUUUUCAAGUCUGUGUAAAAGUGAUUGUGCAUCUUUCUUUCCCACAGUGAAAAUGUCUAGACUUUUCUGAACCUUUGUAAAGCUGUUAUCCAGACAAAUUAGUUCCAUGAAUUUGAACCACAUCAACCUCAAGAAUUAUCCAAAUAACUGGGGUCACCAAGUCAUUUUACUUUUAGCUAUAAAACAAAACACUGAUAGUAAUCUGAAGAGCUGACAGAUAUGAAAAAAAAAAUUACUCAUCAGCUACAGCCUCCUUUUUUUUUUUUUUUUCCUCUUUUUUUCUUUUAGGAAGGUUUUCAGUUCAUCUGAGUGUUGAGGUAUUUCCCAGCAGAAUGGGUAUUCUGUUGCAAAAUAAUUCAGGCUGUCUUCAUGCAUCAGUAUUAAUAAGCAUAGGUGCCAUGAGGAGUCCUUUGUGGCUGAAGUCUAAAGGCAAGCAUAAGAGUAACAGUCAUUGUAAUCCCCAGUUAUGCUUUUUGGGAGAUGUUCAGUUAAUUUGAGGGACUCUCAUGCUUCAAACUGCCAGCAGCUUCUCUUUGAUAUUUUGUACUCUUUCAGAAUUUGUACCAAUGCCAAAAUUAACUCUUCCAUAUCCUAGACUUUUCAUCUAUCUUUUUGUAUGCUUCCAAAUGGCCUUUUAUCUAGCGUGUGCUUGUUUUUAUGCUGUCUUUGUAUGCUACAUACUUAGUCUGAUGAACUUUAAAGAAAGAAAUCCUCUUAACACUGCUCACGUGCACUUGAAAGACAUCUAUCUGCUCUCUUUUACCCAGGCUUCAACAAUCAAGCCUGUGAACGUUAUUUUGUUUGAUCUUCUGGUCCUCUUGAUCUUCUCCCCUUUCUGGAGAAAGGGGAGAAAAUGGAAGUAGCAUGAAUAAACUGUGAUAAGCUAUUUCAGAAAGAGUCAGACUCAUUGUUUUAUCAAUUUCCUGAACUGAAUGUUAGCUUUCAAGCUUUGAACCUGUUAACAGAACGUAACUGUCAUAGUAUGAAAUGGCUUUCUGGGAUGCUUCUUCUGUUUGUUUGUUUUCAGAGCCUACCCUACAGAACUUUAGGAACAGGUAGAAUGAAAGGCAAUUGGAAAUUACUUUAACUCCUGAACGAGUCAUGAUAUUGCCAUCACAUCACUGAUCCCAGUGUGUAUUUUACAGUUGAACAUCUCUCUCCUUUUUCAGAGGCAUUUUCUGAGAUCUAUGUGUAGGUCGUGACAACAUUACAAACAGUACACACUCAUACAGCUAUCAAAGCAAAGAGCAAAGUUAUAUUUCAAAAUAAAAUAAUACACAGUGGAGUCCUUAUUCUGAAAGACAAGCUGUCUUUGGUCUCUUUGAUGUCUGAGCUCAUUUUUCUCCCACUUCCAUAUUUUGGUUUAACAACUAUCACCACUUCUAUAUGAAACAGCGCAGGCCAGUGGUGAGCUAACUGGUGUCUUUCAGAGGGAAAGGAAGUUUUUCAGCUGUGGACAAUUCACUCACUUACUCCUGCCUGAACUCCUUUUAAACUUAGUAGUAAUAUUCCUGGCUAUUGUUUGUGACGCAAAUGUAGUUUGUGCUGCGUUUUAUAAUUUCCAUCAGAAAACUCAUCUUUUUAAGGACAGUUUUGAAGAUAAUGUAACAGUUCUAUUUCUUUGGAGACUGUAUUCAUUUCUCUUUAUGAUUGUAAGGAAUUUCAGAGGACGUGAAACAUGCCUUGUGAAGUUUUAGUUCUCCUCCUUUGAAGAUUACAAAGUUAAUAUUCAGCUAUCUUUACUAGAGUAAGAAGUGGACUCAGGAAAAACAAGCAAACAAAAAAAACCAAAAAAACCCCCACAAGCUUAUCACAGAAUAGUAGGGGUUGGAAGGGACCUCUAGAAAUCAUUGAGUCCAAAUCCCCUGUAAAGCGGGCUCCCUACAGCAGGCUGCACAGGUAGGCAUCCAGGUGGGUCUUGAUUAUCUCCAGAGAAGGAGACUCCACUACCUCCCUGGGCAGCAUGCUCCAGUGGUCUGUCACUCUCACUGUGAAGAAGUUCCUUCACAUAUUGGUGUGGAACUUCCUAUGCUCCAGUUUUUUUGCCUGUUUCCCCUUGUCCUGUCCCCACAGACUGCUGAAAAGAGGUUGGCCAUGUCCUUUUGACUCCCACACUUAUGAUAUUUAUAAACAUUAAUAAGAUCCCCUCUCAGUCUUCUUUUCUCAAGGUUGAACAGACCCAGGUCACCCAGCCUUUCCUCAGAGGGGAGAAUGAGAAAAUUAAUCAUCAAUUAAUGGAUGAUAAAAAAGAUUAAAGAGGUGAACAUUUUGUUAAAGAACGAAUAUGAGAUAGUUUUGUAACUAAAUAUGUUUUAUUUUUUCUGUUGCUGAUGUUGUACUUGUUAGUCAGAGAAGCAUGUUUGAGGGAACUUGUAGUUACCUCUGUGACACCCUUUGGUCAGAAGUUGGGCAUGCCUUUUAGAUUCAUCAGAAGUGGCCAGGGAAGAAAGUGACUAAGGGGAAGAGUCAUAUUAAAAGUUUAUUGAGAUGACGUGUGUUCACUGUGGGUAGAAUUAAAAGUCAUAAACUUAUAGGGCUUUCCCAAGGCCUAUAAGAAGAAAAAAAAAUUGAAAAACUGGAUUUUGCCAGUUCUCUAUCCGGGACAGAAGGUGGGCUGUCCCUGCAGUUGCAGUUCCAGUUGCUGGGUGAACCAAAUUGUCCUGAAAACACAGUUGAGAGUAAUUCAUUUUAAUGAGCGCACCAAUGGAAGUAUUUCACUGCAAGCAGCAGUUAUGUAGUCUGUUCUGUGCCACUUGGUAGACAGAUAAGUAGCAUCAUAGGUAUAAUAACUGCUAUUUAAUGUUCGUAUGACUUUUAAUUUUUACAAGCAGAAAACAGCCUCCUGGAAAAUUUGCUGAACUGCUAAGCUGCUAGCCUUUCUAAUGCUAUCCAGACAAUUCAUAUUGAAAAUAAAAUUGCAAGUGAAGAACUGUUGUGCUGUCUGGCUUGGGACCAUGUAUGCACACGUACUCACAUAAGUUGGGCGUUGUGUAGGAUGUAUGUGUUAUUCCAUGUGCCAUUUAUUAUUGUCAGAAUAUUCAGCACUUUAUUAACCAGUAUUUGUGCUGUCUUACGUACUUUUUACACUCUGCUGAAAUGACUCUUCUACUGCUAACUUUGUUCUAGCUUUGUACCAGGAGAAGAACUGUUUUUUUUUCAGGCAGACAUGCCAGCUUUUCAAGCUCAGUACAGGCUGUCAGAGCCACACAGGUCCGCACAGCAGCAGCCUUCACUGUGGUUAUGCAGUUCUUGUGCAUAGCUGUGAUUUGAUUAAGAUACAAAGGAAUGGAGAACCCUACAUCUUAAGAGAAGUUCACAGAGGGUUUCAUGUGUAUCUUUUGAAGAUGCUGAGUAUGAGAGAGGCAUAUGAAAGUGCUUCUGUGAUUUUUCUUUUUUUGCUUCAAAGUCAGUGGCUAGGCCCCUUCUCUCAAAUCACUAGAUUCUGUAUAAUCGGUUGAGAAAGGUUUGGGGUUUAAUUUUAUCAUAAAAGUCAUUAUUCAUAUCUUACUGUUAGCCCAGCAAAGAAAUUCCAGGACUGGUCUAGUUUGGCAAGACGUUAUUCAAUUGUUUGUUUGCUUGUUUUAUUUUAAAUUUUGGCUGGUUUUGAAGAGAACAAAAACAGAUGGGCUAUGAAGAUGUGGAAGGCUUUAGAAGGCAAGAGUAUGAGGAGCAGCUCAGGUCACUCAGUUUGUUGGGCCCAGAGAAGAGGAGAAACCUCAUGGCAGCCCACAGCUCCUCAUAGGGAGUGGAGAGGCAGCACUGAUCUCUGUAGUCUGAUGACAGCGACAGGGCCUGAGGGAACAGCAUGGAGCUGUGUCAGGGGAGAAUCAGAUUCGGUGUUAGGAAAAGGUUCUUCACCAGAAGAUAGUGGGUAUGGAACAAGCUCCCUAGGGCAGAACUGAUGGAGUUCAAGGAACAUUUGGAUACUGAGACAGGGGGUUUGAAUUUUGGUUGGUCCUUUGUAGAGCCUGAAGUUGGACUUGAUCCCAGAGAGUCCCUUCCAACUUGAGAUGUUCUGUGGCUAUGAUUUUAUGAUUUCAGCUUUUGCUAUUAUCUUGCCCAAGAGGCUGUUGUGGAAACUUAGUAACCAUGGGAUAAGAGGUACAGCCCUGUUAGUGAUGAAAAACAGUAAAUAAAACAGCAACGUUCUUAUCAUUUCUGCAGGCAUUUUCCAGUAUGGGAAAUUAUUGUUAAUGUGAUACCUCUGGAAAUUUCUAAUUGAAAAAUCUUAAAAUAAAACCUAAAUAUUCCCCCAACAACAACAACAAAAAAAUAACAUAAAGUGAGAAAGAGAUUAUGUAUUCUUGAAGAUUCUGUAUAUAAAUAUGCAUACACAACCAUAGAAGGACUGGACAAUUAAUUUUUAGUUGGUUAAUUAAGAUAAUAAGAAAAUAAUGUGCUUGUUACCUGUUUAAGUUUCCAUAACAAACAAAUAUACAUGCUCAGUAAUAUGUUAGUACACAUUUGGCAUUUGUUUUGGAGUGAUGUCAUAAAUUGAUUUUAAGUUUCUUUGCUUCUGUUUGAGAUGGUGUGAGUUCCACGAGCCUCAUGAAAAGAAUAGAAUGGUAUUCAUAACUAACAUGUCAAAAAAUGAUCAGUGCUUUAAUAUUUUGGAUUCUGGUCAGUCUUGCUCCUGUAUGUGCAAGAGAAACAUUCUCAGUAAAGUCUUAGAAAAGUCACUGGACGUUUAUUAGCAGAAGUUUAAUCUACUAUGGAUAAGAUGUGCCUCUAAUGGGAGAACACUGCAAUAAGUGGGAAUCAAGAAAGGCAGGGGCUGGGCAUUUAAAACCACUAGAAGAAUCUUAGAAGUUUCUGGGAGAUUUAUCUAGCAUGUUUAAAACUUGUGUGAAUUAAUACUCCAGAAAUUUAAUGAACUUCCUUAAAGCAUCCUGUGGAAAGAGUUGUCCAUAUAGACAUCUGUGACUGAGAGGCUUGAAUUCCUACAUAUGGGAUAAUCCCAGCAGGUUACGUCAAGACGCUGUCUACUUAAUUAUUUUGACACAGAAAAGAUGCCUUCCAGAACUUCAUGAAUCCUUUUACGAAUACUAAUACAUCUUCUCAAAUCCUGCUGGAGUUGCAUAAGCUGUAAAAACUAUGUCGUGUUGUUCUCUUCUUGUGAAUACCAGAACUUACCUUUGUUACAGUUGGCUCCAAAGUCCCGACUUUCAAGGCGAAGUAGCAGGCUCUAUUUGAAAUUUCUAUUUGAGGGAUUGUAAUGGUUCACUUAGACCCCAGUCCUGCCAGCACUUUUGUUCAUGUUUAACUUCCACACAUUAUGAGUAGUCAUAUGGGCAAGCACAUGGAUAUGCUUUUGCAGAACUAAUGCCUCCAGUUAUGUAAGAAGGCACAGCUUUUUGGCCUGGAGCUGUGAGGCUGUAUCUGAGACAAGUCAGAGACAACAGCAGAGCAGUUUUUAACCAGGCAUGGUUUGUCAUUGGACUCCUACAGUAUUUUGAUUUAGUCAGUGCAAGAGUUUCUUUUUACAAACGAAUGGGGAUUAUUAUUAUUUUAAUUCCUGAGUAUACAGUUCUGCAUAAAUCUCUGAUAUUAUCUUCAUAUUGUUUUGACAUUAGAAGAGAAAGUCCUAAAAGAGCCUCCUGUUGGAAAAUAAAAUACUUCUCUCAGUUCAUUUCUUCGAAUGUGGCCAGCUGUUUCAUAGCAAGAAAUUUCUAAGCAAAUUCUUUAUGGCAAGAAUCUGCUGCAAAAACCCUAGGGUACACAAGUCAGAGAAAUGUUGGAUGAGGCACUUUGAAUGAAUGCAAGAGUGAUAUAUUUGCUAAGGAGCAGAAAAUGUCCGGACCAAAGCUCUCCAAAGCCAGAACCAAAGUCAUGAUGUAAUGUUGUUGGUCAGAACACUGUAUCUAUAGGGUUUGUCUACAUUUAGCAGAUAAAUUAGCUUCUGGUUUGUCCGUAGCCUGUGGUCUUCCAGUGUAAGGGGUGAGGUGGCUGGAAUGCAGGUCCAUGAGUACUGAUGUUGCUGCAGCUUCCAUGAACAAGACCUUUUAUCUCAAUGCAUUUUAAUGAAGGAGUAGCCUUGGAUAAUGGAAGAAAUGACAUCUGGAUUCUUGAAAUAAGCCACCCCAGUGGAGCACACUCUUUUUGGAGGUGUAUCUCUUUGAUUGUAUGAGAGAUAAGGAAAGGUUGUCUUGUCCUUUGCACUUAACCACAGAAAGUAGGAAAUUUCAUGGGUAAAGAAUAUGAGCCCUCUGUGCUUAUUCAGCAGGGGCAGAUUUACACUCAGGGAAGAGUGAAAGCUGAGAGCAAGUCACAGGGGCUGACACAGUACAUACAUUUUUUUUUCUCUAUAUUUUCAUGGGAAAAACUUAAAUGAUGAGGAAUUUAGAGCUUUUCUCAGCAACACUUGUUAUUUCAGUGUUCUCUGAACAAAAAGAGAAAUACUGAAACACAGGUGUUUAAAGAGAAACUUUUCAACUACUGUGAAUAAUAUUGACUAGAAAUCCUACUGCCUGUUUGGGGUAGGGUUAUCUGCCACUGGAAGUAGCAAAAAUACUGCUGUAGGUUAUCCUUGGAGUAUAGUUUAUUAUGGAAGAUAAUUUUUGAGAAAGUAGGGUUAUUUAUUGAUUGUGUCACAGGAAUAUCUGGACUAUUCUAAUUUCAGCAUUCUUACAUUUCAAGCCAUAUAAAGGAAAAGAAGCUAUACAGUGUAUGUCCUGGUUCAGCAGAACGGUCUCUAACCAGGCUCUGUAAACAGAGACUCUUCUGUCUUGUUUCUAAUCACAGUAAUAUUUUUCAGAUUAAUUAUGCUCUUCUAAAAUACACUCAGCAAAAGCUAUCAUCAUGCUACACUGUUGGAUUCAGGUCAAAGCAUUACAGAAUGUUGUUCAAAGUGUUCAACAGACUUCAAAGUCAAAUUAUUUGUAACAAGAGCAGCAAACGUGAAAGCUGAGCAGACAGCUUUCAUGGUGGGGGAUGAAGUAACACCCCCCCCAUUUUUCUUGUCAUUCAGGGUGUUUAAAAAGACUACCCUGGGGAUGCAUGGGGGGUACCUUCACAACUGUGUGUGCUUUGUAUGUAGGGAGAUAGGUGUGGUUCAGUGGAGAAAAUAUUGGUGAAAAAGUGGAUAUGGUUCAUCUGGACAGCAGCGAGAGUUUCUCCCUCCCUGCCUACACUGGGCAAAUCACUCACCAGUCCCGGCCUCCAAUCACCUGGGGCUGCAGAGCCUCCACCUCCUUCACAGCAGCUCGCACACCACAUUUAGUUUGCUUUUUCACAUAUUUCAGUAAAAUCACAUAUUUAGGACUACAGAAGAUCGGGACUGGGCAAGAGAAGCAGAAAACUGUCUAGCAGAAGUUGCUCUCUAUAAGAGCUCUCCAUCCACCAUGUUGCCCUGUGGACCAGCUUUGACCUUUGUUCGGUGCCUGGUGCGUAAGAAGAAUAUCAAGGGGGAAGGUCUUGAGGACUCGUUGUGCCGAUGCUUAUCUACGCUGGACCUUAUAGCACUGGGAGUUGGAAGUACCCUUGGUGCUGGUGUCUAUGUGCUUGCUGGAGAAGUUGCCAAAUCUGAUUCUGGACCUAGCAUUGUUGUUUCCUUCCUCAUUGCUGCCCUGGCAUCUGUGAUGGCAGGUCUCUGCUAUGCUGAGUUUGGUGCUCGCGUUCCCAAGACUGGUUCUGCAUAUUUGUAUACUUACGUAGCUGUUGGUGAACUGUGGGCCUUUAUCACUGGUUGGAAUCUCAUUUUAUCCUAUGUUAUAGGUACCUCGAGUGUAGCAAGAGCCUGGAGUGGCACCUUUGAUGAACUUCUUGGAAAACAGAUCAGUCACUUCUUCAAAACCUACUUCAAAAUGAAUUACCCUGGUCUGGCAGAGUAUCCUGACUUCUUUGCCGUAUUCCUUAUAUUGCUCUUAUCAGGUCUGCUAUCAUUUGGAGUAAAAGAAUCUGCAUGGGUGAAUAAAAUUUUCACCGCUAUUAACAUCUUGGUUCUACUCUUCGUUAUGAUUUCUGGUUUUGUGAAAGGAGAUGUUGACAACUGGAGAAUAAGUGAAGAAUAUCUCAUAGACCUUUCUGAAAUAGCAGAGAAUUUUUCAUCCUACGAUUAUGUGACAAGUAUAUAUGGGAGUGGUGGCUUUAUGCCAUAUGGUUUCACGGGAACAUUGGCUGGUGCUGCAACCUGUUUUUAUGCCUUUGUAGGAUUUGACUGCAUUGCAACAACUGGAGAAGAGGUCAGGAAUCCUCAGAAAGCCAUACCCAUAGGAAUUGUGGUGUCCUUGCUUGUCUGCUUCAUGGCCUAUUUUGGAGUCUCAGCUGCACUGACUCUUAUGAUGCCAUAUUAUCUGCUAGAUGAGAAAAGUCCUCUGCCAGUAGCAUUUGCAUAUGUUGGAUGGGGUCCUGCAAAAUAUGUUGUAGCAGUGGGAUCCCUCUGUGCUUUGUCUACAAGUCUUCUUGGAUCCAUUUUCCCAAUGCCACGUGUAAUCUAUGCUAUGGCGAAGGAUGGGUUGCUUUUCAAAUGUCUAGCUCAAAUCAAUUCCAAAACGAAGACCCCACUAGUUGCUACUCUAUCGUCUGGUGCAGUAGCAGGUAUUAUGGCAUUUCUGUUUGACCUAAAGGCUUUAGUGGACAUAAUGUCUAUUGGCACACUUCUUGCUUAUUCACUUGUGGCAACCUGUGUCCUCAUUCUUAGGUACCAACCCAGUUUAACCUAUGAGCAACCCAAAUAUUCUCCAGAAAAAGCAACCUUGGCUGCAUCAAAAAGAGAAUCUGCAGUAAGUGAAUCACAGAUAAAUAUGAUACAGGAGAGCCACUUCAGUCUUCAGACUCUGAUUAAUCCAUCCAGUUUACCUACAGAACAGACUGCAACUACUGUUAACUGUUUAGUGGGUCUGCUAGCUUUCUUGGUUUGUGGCUUGAGUGCUCUCACUACAUAUGGGACUCAUUUCAUUGCUAACUUGGAGCCCUGGAGUAUUUGCCUUCUUGCUACAUUGGUGGUGUCCUUCAUAGUUACCAUUCUCCUCAUCCAAAGGCAGCCGCAGAACCAGCAGAAAGUGGCCUUUAUGGUUCCAUUAUUGCCAUUUUUACCAUCACUCAGUAUCCUGGUAAAUAUUUAUCUAAUGGUACAAUUAAGUGCAGACACUUGGAUCAGGUUUAGCAUCUGGAUGGCACUUGGUUUCAUUAUUUAUUUUACUUAUGGCAUCAGGCACAGUCUUGAAGGUCGUCACAGCGAUGGAGAUGGAGAUUCUUGUUCCGAAAAUAGUGGGCUGCAAGAAAAGAACCCUGUGGAAGAAGUGGAUGAACCUGAAAAUGCAAAUGAAAGUGAUAAAUUUCUUGCACGUGAAAGGACAAGUGAAUGUUAAUUUAUGUAAACACACAAGUCUUUUAAACCUUUAAUUGAUAUUUUACGUGUGGACUGAUAAUUCAAAAGCCUCCUACCAACGUUGUGCCUCUUGAAAGGGUUUACUACAAGGCCUGGCUGAUGUUUUGGACAAGCUGCUAAUCCAUCUUCAUCAUUUCAGAACUGACAGCAUGGAGAUGAAUAUUUGAAUAAAACAAACAAACAAGAGAAGUACCCUUUGGCAAGCAGAAAUCUAAAUGUAUUGUUUGAACUGACGUACACAGUUGCUGGCAAUCACAAAAUAUGAAGAACUUUAAAACUACUUGCAAGAAGUUGAGAAUAUUUUACACUGCAAUGUGAACACAAGUGCCUUAUACAUGUCCUCCUUAUUUCUGUUACAAGGUCUGGUGUCCCAGAUAACAAAGCAACUAUCUCACUAUUAAAAUGCCAGGUACUAUUUUUUGUUUUCUACAGAACUCUCAUGGGAGAUAAAUUGAAGACAAGCCUGGAAAAUAUUUGCAAAACAAAUGAUAAAUUGACAGAUCUGAUACUUUGCAAAAAGUAGAAGAUCAUGUAUUUAUAUAAAAAUAGUAAAGAAAGAGUUGCUUACCCUUACAAAUUAGUAACCAUUAAGAACUCAAAUAGAAAAGAUCUUUUAAAGGCUUUAUUUCCCUCUAAAUACUAUUUGUCAUUUUCACUUCUGUCUUACAUGAAUUCUUUUCACUUCAGAGAUGCUCUUUUUAUAAAAUAAUACUUCCAAGGGGGUUUAUGUUGUUUUCUGCAAAAAUAUCUCUUUAGAAAAAUUAUGCCCCAAAUCCCUACCUUCUUUUCAGAUAGAAGGGUAGCUGAAGAAAAACCAAACCCAGGCUUUGGAAAGAAUGCUCUUCAAAGUAGUAUUUCAGUGCUUCACCAAGUCAUAAGAAUAUGUUAGUACAGCAAUUUUUUUGUGAGCCAAAUUUACACCUACAAAUCCAUUCAUGUAAGUAGGAUGUUUAAAUUCUAACUUAUAAAGAACCAAAUAACUGCAAUAGUGCUGUGUGAACCAUUAUUUUAAAGACAGUGAAAAUGGACACUGUUCUUUCAACAUAAAAGUCACAUUACUUAACAAGGGCGCUCAGACAUUUUAACACUUUUUCUCAGCAAAUGAUAGGCUUCAGUCCCUUGAAGGAUUCCACAAUAUGGAAUUAUUUUGCAAGAAGUCGUUUAUAAAAAUAAUUUCCUUGAUGUACAAGAGAAUUGUUCUGUACUUUGCUGUGGAAAGUUUUAAUCUGAAGCAUAAUAUUGCCAGUAAUAAUCACUGGAUCAUUGGUAUUAAUCUCUGUUGUUAGAUGCAUAAAAAUUUAUAUCCUAUCAGAAUGAUGUUGGUUGACAGUGAAAAGCACCUUUUUAUAAUAGCUGGAAUUUUCAAGAAAAAAAAAAAAAAAGAAAAGAAAAAGGAAAAAAAAAAAAAAAGACCAGUUAAGCUGCUUCUGUCUCUCUUCCUUUCUGUCUUGUUCACAGUGAUAGAUUCAAGCAUUUUAAUCUACAAAUGAGUUUUGCUGUUGAAAGCCUAAAUGUAGACAGCAGAAAGAGGUGUGCUUCUUGAUUGAGAACCUUGGAAUGUGCUGAUACCCCAUGGAGGAAUGAGUUUGUAGUCUAAAGCCUGAUACCUUUCUUGCCAAUCUGAACUGAGAGGAGAGCAUGUUUUGCAGCUUUGGAAGGGAUUUGUACUAGUUGCACUAGUGGCCUCUGCUGGCUGCUCAGCUCAAGGAGCAGCAAUCUGAAAAGAUCUUCACCACUGUUUGUCUUCUGGGGCAUGUUCCUGGUUUUAUAGCAAUCCAGAGAAAAUCACCAGAAAACAUCUGCUAGAAGACCAAAGCAGAGCACUUGUAGGUGCCUGUGUUUUUCUUUCAAAGCGCAGGAUAAGGAGCACACAACAGGAAAACCACCUACCUUUUAACUGAGGUUCCAGCAUGUGCAUCAUGUAACAGCUGUUAUCCUAAGGACCGUUGUUCUAAAGUCUGUUGGUCCUUAAAAAUGGAUGAGACAGAGGAUGAAGAGAAACUAUAGAGUAAGUGACAACGCAGUCCUGUUUCUUAAUGUAUCAUAAUCCAUCCUAAUACUGAUAAGUUAUAGCUGCUACUUUGUGCAAUGUCAUUGUUUUACAAGAUGUUGUUAAACGCUAAAAUGUCCUAUUAGAGUAAUACAAGUAGAUUAUAGUCUAUGUAAAAUGUUUUGUUGAAAGAAAUAGAUAGUAAUCUUCAGGGCAGUGCCUAGAGCAAUAGAUAAGUUUCAGAACCUUUCUUCAGUGAAUGAAAGAGCCAUCUGUGUCAGUUGGAUCUGCCAUUUUAAUUGUAUUUCUCAACUGGGGCCCACUGUUAUGAAAAAGUGACAAAAGAACUAUGUGUUCUUGUUUAGAACAGGAGAUGUUUAGGACUUUCUAGGCUCCAGUAAGGUAAUCCUGACAGACUGAAACAUAUUUUAUUUAAAAAAAAAAAAAGAAAGAAAAUGAAUGUAUGUUCUGUUUUCGAUACCAUCGGUAUUUGAAGUAGAAAUACUGAUGCUUUUCCUGAUUUGUAACUGCUCUGUCAAAAGCACAACUUCUUCAGUGGCCAUUUUUUAGAGGGCAUCCUUACCUGUCCUUCCCAGCUGCAAAAAUGUCCUGCUGUUAGGGCAAGCCUGCAGUGCUCAGUUGAAACUUUUGCACAAUGUUUUUACAAGCCUACAAUGGAAGACAGCUCUUUAAAAUUCUUUACACAUCUUGGUGAGUGGGAAGCAGAGACUUUUUUCUACAGAUGCUGGUGCCACAGAGCAGACAAGGCAGGCUCAUGGGCUGCAAACUGCUGCUGUUCUGUGAUGUGCAAGGAAGAUCCCAUCCCCUUCCAGCAUCAUCAUAUAGAACGAAUGUGUGCCUGCCUGUGUGUAUGCUUGCAUCAAUCUGACAUUAGCCCAUAGUGAUUUUGAUGUAUUGAUUAGAAUAAUUUCUAUACUGCACUGAAAUUUCCUUUGAAGGGAGACUGUCAAUGUAAGAAACUUAUGACUAAAGCAACUUCUAGCUAAGGCUUUUGGAGACAGACGAGAGAAAUUUUUCAGCUUAUAUGUAUUUUGUAUAUAGUAUUUCCCCCUUCGUUUCUAUAUUAUUAGUCCACCACAGUUAUAGUAGUUAAUUAUAUGAGAAUAAUGUGAUUGUUACAAAUGCUGUGAGGGAGACUGGGAGUGGCUGCAGCACAGGAACUAUCCAGUUAACUAACAGGAAAUAAAAUGAAAUUAAAGGAAAAUCAUUGGGUAUUCUCGGUUGCUUUGACUGCACAAGACUUAUUUAUAUGUGUGUAUAGUUCAUGCCAUUAAUAAUCCAUGGCUAAGAACACUAUAAGCCAGAAGUGAGAUAUUUAUGCUAAUUGUAAUGUGCAUUUCUAUGUGUAAUCUUGAAAUUCCAGAUGUUAGCGGAGCAGGCCCCGUGAAGGACAGCCAUGCUGCUUCUUACACAGGGGGCAUGUGAGAAACCAACCCCAGUUUUGUUCUCAUGUUUGCUGUAUUUGCCAAGAGAGCAGCUGAAAGCACAAGUCCAUUGGAACUAAAUAGUUAUUUUUUAACAUAUUCAUAGUCGUCGGUACUGUAAAUUGCUCUGUGCAAAUAAUGAUGGUAUGUAUUAAUAUAUAUAUAUAUAAGUAUUACUGGAGGUAGUUUUUUUUUUUUUCCUUUAUGGAAAUAAAUCCUUGAAAAACUAUAUUUGCAUUGGUACACUCGGGAUAUGCCUUUAGAUAUAGGAAUUAUUUCUAUCAGAUUUAGGAAAGUGAGUAGAAGUAUAUUUCAGGGAGAACAAGUAAAUCUUUGUUCUCCCUUGAGGAGGCAUAAGAGUUAUAAAACAUUUCUGCAUAAUUCACGUUACCUAAGGUGACCUUCAUGUGGUAUUCCAAAUUCUAGUCCUAAUUCUGCAACAGGAAAUAAAGAUCAGUACUAGCAGUACUGGGUUACUUAUCUAUAUUCUUAUGAGCUUAACUAUGCCAUGCAGAAACUUCAGAUGGUAUAGCUAAUUUAGAAACAAAAUAUAGUAAAGCUUAAAUAUAUAUUUCUAUAUUUUAUUAGAAGAUGAAUGUAAAAGUCUAGCCACCUUUUCCCCAAAGUUUAUGGAAGGAUAUACAGCUAUUUAAGAAAUAAAAUGCAUACUAUUUCCAUGGAGAUUUUUAAUAAGUGCCAAGGUCAGAUGUCCUGCAAGCAUCCCAGCCUGGGUGAGAUCCUGGCUGCAGGAAAUCUGCACGGGACUGUGCAAUCAUGUUAAUCCUGUCAGAUGCCUUUGACAUUGGGGUGUGUUUUGAACAGUACAAAUUUAAUUCACUUAUGUCUAGCAUGUGCUACUUGGUUACAUAAAAACAAAUUAAAAGCACCUUUUUAAGGUCCUGGUUCUUCCCAGGCCUGCCAGCAGGUUGUACAAAUUGCAGUAUGUUCACUGAAAGCACUGGGGUUACUCAGUGUUAAGCAGAAGUAGUAAGUGGUACUCCAUGUAAGGUAGGAUUUUGUAUUUGUUUUUAAUUUUCUGUGCCUUUAAUAUUUCUUUCUGGUAUAUAUUUUAAGGACCUCUGCAUUUUUCAUAGUUGGACCUUUCCAAAGCAAAAUAUAAUGCCCUCACCAUGUCUCGAUCUGUUUUCCAUUUGAUUUUAGAAAUCAAAUUCUCCAGCGUCAGCUAAGCUGAAGGAUUUCUGUGCUUAGACAUGCAUUGCAAAGAACUAUGUGUAUAUAUAAUUGUUUAUUUCUAUUGUCAGUUGGACAAAUCCUGUUGUCUUUGUAUGUUUCCACUGAGCCUUGCAUGAGGCAAACUCCACCCUCAGCAACAGAAGUUUAGCUGCAGUCCAGAUUUGAAAGUUUAGGAGGGCUUUUUUCUUUUGUAUUAACAGAAAGCAAAGCACGAAAUAUGUGUUACAUAUCUUUAAGAAUAGUUAUGUGUGCUUCAUUUUAAGAAACGUUAGUCUAUAUAUGUUUUAACUUUGCCUCUUGUUCAUGUGUGCGUUGUAAUGAUUAUGUCUGUGUGAUGUGCUGCUGCUGUGCUAAAAUGUCGAUAGAAUGACUGUGAUGCAUCUUAAAACACAAAUUUCUGUUUGAGUGCUCUAGCCAAAAUGAAAAGUCUUAAAUUGUUGUGAAUGUCAAAGUGCAUAUAUUUAAGAACAUGGUGCUUGUUUAUUCACAUUUUCAAUGAGAAUUAUAAUCAGCAAUAUUUUUAGUUACCUUAGUUUCAAAUCCGAUGGAAAUUAUAUUGCUUUUCAUAUACUGUAAGAUAUGCUUCACGGGAUAACAACUGUGCAUUUGUUCUGUAUUUUUUAAAAUAAAGCUGAAUAUCACUUAUAUGUACUUCA